UACUGUCUCCCUUCCAGCAUCAUCAGUCCUCACCCUCAUCACUUCUCUUUGGAUCUAACCCUCACGAAACUGGAUUCUAUUGUCGUCUGUCGACUUAAAUUUAACCUCUGACUCCAGUCCUAUGGUUGUCAUCCUGUAGCAUGUCUGACAAGAGUGAGCUGAAGGCUGAACUGGAGAGGAAGAAACAACGGAUCGCUCAGAUUCGAGAGGAGAAAAAGCGAAAAGAAGAGGAGAAGAAGAAAAAGGAUGGAGACUCAAAGCGAGUUGUCGAGAGUGGCGGUGGGUCUUCCACCGGCCAUGAAGACUCUGACCUUGAGAGGAAGAGGAGGGAGGCAGAGGCUCUGCUGCAGAGUGUUGGCAUCAACCCUGACAUGCCUCAUGCUCAGCCCCUGAGGGUAGUAACAGAAGAUACGUGUCUGUUUCACUACCUAGUCCCCGCCCCCAUGUCUCCCUCCAACAAAUCAGUGGGCAGCGAUGCAGGAAGUCAAGAUUCUGGGGACGGAAACGCUGGACCAAGGACAUUGCAUUGGGAUCCUGACCCCUCUACUCUGCAACUCCACUCCGACUCUGAGCUCAUGGGACGUGGAGCAGUGAGGCUGGGCAUGUCCAAAAUGACCCAGGUGGACUUUGUUCCGAGGGAAAUGGUGUCUUACUCCAAAGAAACACAGACACCAACUGAAGCUCUGACACAUGUUGAACAAAAGCCAGAUGAAGAAGAGGAUGAGGAGAUAACUGCUCCGGCACCAGCAGAGGAAACCCAGGAGGAGAAAGAUGACCAAGGCGAACAGCAGGAUGAUGACACCCCCAAAGAGCUGACAGAGGAAGAGAAGCUGCAGGUCCUGCAUUCUGAGGAAUUCUUGUCGUUUUUUGAGCGAGGCAGCAGAAUCGUAGAAAGAGCUCUGGCCGAACAGGUGGAUGUCUGUUUCGACUACAGCGGCAGAGAUUUAGAAGAUAAGGAGGGUGAUUUGCAGGCUGGUGCAAAGUUGGUGCUAAACAGACAGUUUGCAGAUGACCGCUGGACCAAAAACAGAGUGGUCACCUGUCUUGACUGGUCUCCUCAGUAUCCAGAGCUGCUGGUUGCCUCAUAUAACAACAACGAGGAUGCUCCCCAUGAACCUGACGGGGUGGCUCUGGUCUGGAAUUUGAAGUACAAGAAGGACACACCUGAGUACAUUUUCCACUGCCAGUCAGAGGUGAUGUCAGCAGGGUUUGCCAAGUUUCACCCAAACCUGGUAGUUGGUGGGACGUACUCAGGACAGAUUGUCUUAUGGGACAACAGGAGCAACAAACGCACGCCUGUUCAGAGAACCCCCCUCUCUGCAGCUGCACACACACAUCCAGUCUACUGUGUGAACGUAGUGGGAACCCAAAACGCUAACAAUCUGAUAAGCAUCUCCACUGAUGGGAAAAUGUGCUCCUGGAGCCUUGACAUGCUUUCACAGCCACAGGAUAGUCUGGAGCUGGUGUUCAAACAGAGCAAAGCUGUGGCUGUCACCUCCAUGGCCUUUCCUCUGGCUGAUGUCAACAACUUUGUAGUUGGGAGCGAGGAUGGCUCUGUUUACACUGCCUGUCGCCAUGGAAGUAAGGCUGGUAUCACUGAGGUGUUUGAGGGCCAUCAUGGCCCAGUGACUGGACUGAGCUGCCACAGUGCUGGAGGUCCUGUUGACUUCUCUCAUCUCUUCAUCUCCUCCUCUUUUGACUGGACUGUCAAACUCUGGAGUACUAAGAGCACUCGUCCUUUAUACUCAUUUGAGGACAGUUGUGACUAUGUCUAUGAUGCCAUGUGGUCUCCAACACACCCUGCUUUGUUUGCUUGUGUGGACCUGGCUGGACGCCUGGACCUGUGGAACCUCAACAAUGACACUGAAGUUCCCACGGCCAGUGUGAGUGUGGAGGGAGCUCCCGCACUGAACCGUGUGAGAUGGGCUCACUCAGGCAAAGAGAUUGCCACUGGGGACUCUGAUGGACAGGUGCAGGUCUAUGACGUGGGAGAGCAAAUCUGCGUGCCCAAGGCUGAUGAGUGGACACGCUUUGUCAGGACACUGGCUGAGAUCAAUGAGAACAGAGAUGAAGCUGAGGAACUGGCUAACGUCUGAUUGUUAAAAACCUCUCGCUGACCACCACUCAUAGAUUUUUCUCCAGAACCUGACACACCUGAAGCACACUACACCACACUGGCUUCCAGCUUUCUCACCCACUACAACAUGAUUUGGCCUGAGGAGAUGUGCAGAGCUAGGGAUAGACAAGAUGGUUUUAGAAGCGUUAUUAAAAGUGUUUCUGGAGUUUAGAGUACGUGUAGGAACAAUGAAUGUCAUGUGUAGCAGUAGUAGUACAGAACUAAGGUUAAGUUGUUUAAAUGGAAAACAAGGGAAGUUGCUUUCAGCUGUGGCUGUCCACUCUAAACUUCUAGCUUUGAUUACAUCCUCAGGGCUUCAGAAACUGCUCUUCUCCUGAGGCCUCAAACAACUCAGCCCUUUUUUAAAUAUGCAAACCUUUGUACCUGCACCUUUUUAUUACCAUUUGAGUGUUUUUACAUGUUUUCAUAUUUUCCGGACGGCAAAGUGUUUCAACCAAGCUGACAUAUCACAAUCCUCAGCAGCACUUACUGACUAAACAAGCUGGUGUGCUUUCAAAUGAACACUCUGGCCUAUGCAGGAGAGUGUCAAUCUUAUAUUUUAACCACUACAAUAUUUAAUAUUUAUUCUGGUGGUUACACUUAUUUAAAUAUUUUGUGUAUUGUUUUAAAAUUGCUGCUUUGUACUGAGAGCUUGAGUAGUACAUUCCUAAAGUUAGCACUACAAGUGUUUUUACCAGGCAAACUUACUAUACAUGCCUUGAUUUUAUUGACUCUAGUACAGUUAAAAAGUGACAUUUUUUCUGUACCAAAGGAUAUUGUUUUAUACUCUGUAUCUGUGUAAUAAGUAGUAGAGAACAGUUCCUGACAUGUCCUCUUUAAGAGGAUUUAAAUAAACCACAUGAAAUUGUAAGAGAUGUAAAGCUGGGGUUGAAAACUAUUUUAUCACUCGUGUUGAUUUUUAUUAUCUUCCUUUUCCAUUCAGUUUAUCAUUCCUCCCAGGAUGCAGCAGUCCGACCUUACCAGGCUGGCUUCAAAUUUAAGCUUCUCUUAAAUGUGUAGAAUGAGCUAAAAAAUGUACUGUAGCAACCAUGUUUGAUCUAACAUGAACAGUAUUCUGCUUCGACUCAUUGUGCUCUUUUCCUGUUUCUCAUACGGUUGGUGGUUGCACUUUUCCAUUGGAAUAAAACUCUAGACAU